UUUUUUCUCUUACAUAUUUAGAGCUCCGCUCCUCACAGGAAAACCACUUUCGUCCGUCAUUUUUUUCUCGACGGCUCGGUUCUCUUCUCUCUACCUUUCACCUCGCCGCCGUUCAUCAAUAAGCAAAAAUGGUGCAAUACAAUUUCAAGAAGAUCACAGUUGUUCCCAAUGGGAAAGACUUCAUCGACAUCAUCCUCUCCCGUACUCAGCGUCAGACCCCAACCGUCGUCCACAAGGGCUACAAGAUCAACCGUCUCCGUCAGUUCUACAUGAGGAAAGUCAAGUACACUCAGACCAACUUCCACGAGAAGCUCUCCACCAUCAUCGAAGAGUUCCCUCGCCUGGAUCAGAUCCAUCCUUUCUACGGAGACCUCCUCCACGUCCUCUACAACAAGGAUCACUACAAGCUCGCUCUCGGGCAAGUCAACACCGCCAGGAACUUGAUCAGCAAGAUUGCUAAAGACUACGUGAAGCUCCUCAAGUACGGUGACUCUCUGUACCGUUGCAAGUGUCUGAAAGUGGCUGCUCUGGGACGUAUGUGUACUGUGUUGAAGAGGAUCACUCCUAGUUUGGCUUACUUGGAGCAGAUCAGGCAGCAUAUGGCGAGGCUUCCUUCUAUUGAUCCCAACACGAGGACUGUGUUGAUUUGUGGGUAUCCUAAUGUGGGCAAGAGUUCUUUCAUGAACAAAGUCACCAGAGCUGAUGUUGAUGUCCAGCCUUAUGCCUUUACUACUAAGUCGCUCUUUGUUGGUCAUACUGAUUACAAGUACUUGAGGUAUCAGGUGAUUGAUACUCCUGGGAUCUUGGACAGGCCGUUUGAGGACAGGAACAUUAUUGAGAUGUGCAGUAUCACUGCCUUGGCUCAUCUUAGAGCUGCUGUUUUGUUCUUUUUGGAUAUCUCUGGGUCUUGUGGUUACACUAUCGCUCAGCAGGCUGCUCUCUUCCACAGCAUCAAGUCUUUGUUUUUGAACAAGCCUCUGGUGAUUGUCUGCAACAAGACUGAUCUGAUGCCCAUGGAGAAUAUCUCUGAGGAUGAUAGGAAACUGAUUGAGGAGAUGAAGGCUGAGGCGAUGAAGACUGCAAUGGGAGCGAGUGAGGAAGCUGUGCUGCUGAAGAUGAGUACUCUGACUGAGGAAGGUGUGAUGGCUGUGAAGAACGCUGCUUGCGAGAGGCUGUUGGAUCAGAGGGUUGAGGCGAAGAUGAAGUCCAAGAAGAUCAACGACCACUUGAACAGGUUCCACGUGGCGUUGCCUAAGCCUCGUGAUAACAUAGAGAGACCCCAUAGCAUACCUCAGGUGGUUCUGGAGGCUAAGGCCAAGGAAGCUGCUGCGGUGGAGAAGCGCAAGACUGAGAAAGAUUUGGAAGAGGAGAACGGUGGCGCUGGAGUUUACUCUGCUAGUUUGAGGAAGCACUACAUCUUGGAGCAUGAAGAGUGGAAGGAGGAUAUAUUGCCUGAGAUUCUCGAUGGUCACAACGUUGCUGACUUCCUUGAUCCGGACAUUUUGUUGAGGCUCGAGGAGUUGGAGCGUGAGGAAGAGACCAGGCUGGCUAAUGGUGAAGAGGAUGAUUUCGAGAUGGAUGGGGAAGAGCUCACUGAGGAGCAGAAGGAGCAGCUUGCUAAGAUUAGGAACAAGAAAGCUGUGCUCAUCAGAGAGCAUAGGCUCAAGAAGACCGUUGCGCAGAACAGAUCAACCGUUCCAAGGAAGUUUGACAAGGACAAGAAGUACACAACUAAGAGAAUGGGUAGGGAGCUGUCUUCUCUGGGGCUUGAUCCGUCUGCUGCAGUGGACCGUGCGAGAAGCAAGUCGAGAGGGAGGAAGAGGGACCGUUCAGAAGAUGCAAUGGAUGUGGAUGAUGAGCAAGACUCGAACAAGAAGAUGCGCGUGAGGUCGAAGUCGAGGUCUAUGUCGAUAUCGAGGUCACAGUCGAGGCCACCUCCUCAUGAAGUUGUGCCUGGUGAAGGGUUCAAAGACUCUACUCAGAAGAAGGCGGCGCUUAAGAUUAGCAAUAGCUCUCACAAGAAGAGAGACAAGAAUGCAAGACGUGGUGAAGCUGAUAGAGUUAUACCGACUCUGAGGCCGAAGCAUUUGUUCUCAGGGAAGAGGGGUAAAGGAAAGACAGAUAGGCGUUGAUGAAACCAAACAAGGGAAAACAAAUGCUGGAUCUAUUGAAGAACAUGUCUCAAGUUUUGGAUUAUGCUUUAGUUUUUGCUUACUAUUAUUAUUAUGUUAUGCAUCUUUUGUGGUUUUUCUACAGACAUCAUCAUAUGAAACAUAGUAGCUUCUUCUGCGAGCAUUGUGUUUCGGGGACUAAGAAUUGUUUUAAUGGAUUUAUUUUGAUUAA